AGGCCAAGACCAUAUCCCCUGGGUAGUUGCUGUCAUCGACCCCACCCCGCCUCACGGAACCUGGUCAGUGUGUCGUGGACCGUCAUUGGAUGAGCAUCCUACUGACCACAGAGUUCUUACUUCAUGUAGUAAUGAACUAGGUUCUACGAGCAUUGAGUUUACUGCUGGGGACUUUGCAAACAAGUUCAUACUAAGCAAGCUGAAGUUUGUAUCCAUAAACACAGUAUUAGGAACUGCCUGGGGUGAUCUUCGUUUGUGUAAGUUCACAGGAAAGCGCCAGUGACUUUAAAGCAACACAACAAGGCUUGGCCAUUCCGUUCUGCGACAUGGGAACUUGUAAUAUAUGACGGUGCGUCCACUCCUGGAGUUAAUAAGUUGCCAGUUAUCUUCACAUACAUGGUUGGGAGUACCUGAAUACCUAAGUACCUGCUCACUCAACAACAGCCAAGAUAAAUGUACGGCCAGAUUCAUUGUGUGGUUCGAGAAUUGCUGCAGGAGAAAUUUAGCACAGAAAUAUGGCAGAAAGUUCUGGAGGAGUCGGGUCUUGAUGAACACGAUCAUUUCUUAGUCUUCUAUCGCUACGAAGACAAGCUCACCUUCCAACUCAUCGGGGCAGUGUCUACGGUUUUAGAUCUGUCUUUGGAGGCGGUGUUGGAGGUGUUUGGCGACUACUUCGUCAUCUACUGCCUUCGUCAUGGCUACGACAAGAUGUUGAAGACACUGGGAGGGGACAUGAAAAGCUUCAUCCAGAACCUUGACUCACUCCAUUCCCUACUGGCUCUCAGCUACAAGAACAUAGAAGCACCAUCCUUUAGAUGUGAAUCUCACCCUGAUGGCUCUCUCAUGUUGCAUUAUUAUACAAUACGACCUGGACUCUACCCCAUUGUUAUAGGGUCCGUACGAGCCGUUGGCCGAGACAUCUUCAAGCAGAAGGUGGAUAUCACGGUACAAGAGCAAUCAAGGGAGGUAAUCGAUGGCGGUAAGACCCAGGAGCACACAGUCUUCAAGGUCAUUUUGCACAAAGGGCUGGAAAAUGAACGCGGGAGUCCCGAAGGUCAAGAGGAACGUUUGUCCCUCGAAAACAUGGAGGUUGCUGUGCCUACAAACAUUUCAGCUUUUCAUUUGAAUGCUGGUCAAUUCUGUUCUGCGUUCCCGUAUCAUAUCAUAUUCGACGAUUUAUUGAAAAUACGACAGUGUGGAGUGAUGAUUCACAAAUUGUGCCCUGUUCCUAUCCGAGAAGGCAUGGCGGUUACGUCCUUGUUCCGGAUAAUCCACCCUAAAAUGAAUCUGUCCAUCGUGAACAUUCAGAAAUUCAUCAACGCAGUGUUUCUCCUGACUGUGUCCCCGGAGGAGUCAGAGAAGGAGGGUGACAACAAGGCUUUGGUCCUGAAAGGACAGAUGAUUUGGUUGGAAGCGUCUCAUCAUAUGAUCUUUAUUGGAUCCCCUCGCCUCACAAGCCUCAACGAACUUAUGGAAAUGAACGUCUACCUAGCAGAUAUCCCCCUGUAUGACGUCACGCGCGAGCUUGUGCUGCUUAAUCAACAGAGGAUAGCUGAGAUAGAUAUAGCCAAAAAGUUGGACGAAACAACAGCGGCGUUGAAGCGGACGUCCCAGGCGUUGGAGAUAGAGAAACAGAAGACGGAUGUGCUGUUGUAUCAGAUGCUGCCACAGAAGGUUGCGCAUCAGCUGAAGAACGGCAGACAGGUGGAGGCAGAAAAGUUCGACCAAGUGACAAUUCUGUUCAGCGACAUCGUGACCUUCACCAACAUCGCUUCAGCCUGCUCGCCCUUGGACAUCGUCAACAUGCUGAAUAACCUCUACCACCGCUUCGACAAGAGCACCAAUGACCAUGAUGUCUACAAGGUAGAAACCAUUGGCGAUGCCUAUAUGGUGGUGAGCGGAGUUCCGGAGCCGUCCACCAACCAUGCCAAGUCCGUCGCCGACUUCGCCAUGGACAUGGUGCAGGAAGCCGCCACAGUCAACUCCCCUGCAACUGGUAAACCUCUACAGAUCCGAGUGGGGGUCCAUACAGGCCCCGUGGUGUCAGGGGUCGUAGGGAUGAAGAUGCCUCGCUACUGCCUGUUUGGAGACAGCGUCAACACGGCAUCCAGGAUGGAGAGUCAUGGCGUCCCGGGCAGGAUCCACGUCAGUCCCACCACAUUCAGAUGUAUACGAAACAACGGCUACCAGUUAAAGAAACGCGGACGGAUUCAAGUAAAGGGUAAAGGUGAAAUGACCACGUACUUCCUCGUUGGCGACGAGAACCGCAGAGUCGUAGAACCAGAUGACGACUUCACCAGUCUCUCCGUGGACUCAGACUUCUGUUCGGAUUGUGAAGAAGUGACGUCAUCCGAAAAAGCUAUGACGCCGAAUUCUGACGUCAGUGAAAGGUCAUUGAAGUCAUCAAAGCCCGGAUCAGGAAGUAAGAAGCGGGCCCAUCGAAGCAGGACGUGUAAUCUAUUAUAGCAGAACAGAAUAGUGGAAUGUUUCUUUCUUCAGGGAGGCAGAUAUGGGAUUUCACCUUGAUGCUGGAACGAUUUCUUGCCGUACAGUGAUUAACGGUUUUGUGUACACAACGCUCCUUCAACGCCUGUGAAUCCAUACAACCGCGUUGCAGUUCAGUCUCUAUUUUUAACCAACCAAUCAAACCACGGCCUGGUACCGGCGAGAAGGAAACCAGGGAGUGUACAGGCCAAUGAGCGCUCAGCUUACAUCGCACAAAUGGUAACGUUUCCCGUUUGACAACGUAUCGAACAUGUGCCACGGGCUUAGGAUUUUUGUUAUUCCAAUUGUAUUGUUCACUUCUGCACGGAUUUCAUUUGGCGUCCAUGAAUUAUAAACGUUAAUGGCUCACUGAUACUCGUCACCACUUUGUGCAUUGUGCAUUGCGGACUCAUGCAUUCAUUGGUGAUGGCGGAGUCCAGUGUCCAUAAGACCGUGAAGCAUUGACGAUGAGAAAGAUAUGAAAACAAACAAAAAACUGUGCUGCUAACGUGAGUAAGAGAAUCGGUACACCGCUACCACUUUUCAAAAGCGGACUUACUGACAAACUUCAGAAUAACCUGCUUAAAAUUCAUAUUUGAAGUUCAUGGAUAUGUUUCUGUGAGGAAAGGUCAUUUCUUUAUUGUUGUUUUAAAGGAGCAGGAUAAACAAAAUAUGACUAGUACGCGACGAUGUGGACAAAUGUGUACUUUUAUAUCUUGCAGUUUAAGUCUUAUCUGUGCAUUUUUUAGUUUUCAUGUAGGAAGAGUUGUUUCUUGAUUUAAUUUAUAUUUUGUGAGUAAUUUGUUAUUUGCAUCUUGGUCAGCAGCACACAGACGAUACCGAUAUCAACCCCGAUUAUCCAGUGUAUUGCAUGUAGGUCUCCAUUUAAUUGUGAUAAAUACUCUCAUCUUGUUCACCACUCGUCCUAUUCGGAAAUACUAGCGGCCAAAAACAUUCCAUGAUCAUAAGAAAUCUGUGUUGAAUGCAAAGUCCAGUGUACGAGUCAAACUAUAUCGUAUGAAGAGAAUUUAUCUCGCUUGUGAGAAUAAUUUGAUUGGACAACAAUAUUUGACGUCGUGCUGUUCGAAACGGGCGCAAAACGAAGCAAUAGUAGCGAAUAGGCCCAGAUUGUUUGUGAAAACAUAAUGGCUAUAUCAUACACUGGAUAGUCAUAGAUGUACAGAUACAGGACACUUUUUUGUGUUAAAUUGUUUCUUCGCUUUCCCAUAUUUUUUGUAUGUACAUGCACUUUACUUCAGUAAAAGUAUCGUAAUGUUUUGUGUGUUUGGACUCAUGGUCAGUCUUUAGAAGAAUAGGAAAUUUAGUUAUCAACGACUAUUUUGUAGUUUAUCAAUCAAUGUUUGUUUAAUUUAUCUAUUGUUAAUCCUUACCUUUUAUAUCUCAAUACAGUUUGUUUGUAAGUUGUAGCUACAUAUCAAAGAUUUAUGAAUACUUUCAACAAAUGAACUCCGAAAUAGCUUUUGAUGGACAUACGUCGUAGCAAACCAUAUGUAUUUUAAUAUUAUAUAUUCACUGACCACAGACCAAAACAUGGAGACGAAACAACAUAAAAUAGUAGGUCUAGUUGGUAUUCAAGAGAUGUUUCAUAUAUCCCACUGCCCGGUGACUGGUAACCCAUUAUGUUGACGGUCCUGUACAAGCGAGGACAUCUCAGACAUGAGGUUCAUAUAACAUGUGAAGUAAAUACUGAAUACUCAAGUGUGUCGAUCUAAAUUUUGAGAUAUCUUUUUAAGUUUUUCAACUUUAGUAUUUACACAGUUGCAAAUAGUGUAUUUGAUUUUGAUUAUUCUGCCAAAAUGAUACUCAAGAGCCAUGUUGAUGGAAUAAUGGGACGAUACAUUAUCGUACAUGAUUAAAGAAUGAGUGUUUUGUACUUGUGUUUGUGUACAGAUAACAAUUCUUAAUGUUGUACGACAUACUUCUUGGGUUUGUGUUACGGACAAAGUUUACUGAUACGUGUUGUUUGUUGGUUUCUCUGUAAUGCUAAAACACAUUAGUUCACUUUGGCAUGCUAUAUAACAAUUCACUUUGGUAUGGUAUAAAACAAUUCACUUUGGCAUGGUAUAAAACAAUUCACUUUGGUAUACUAUGAAACAAUUCACUUUGGCAUGGUAUAAAACAAUUCACUUUGGUUUACUAUGAAACAAUUCACUUUGGUUUACUAUGAAACAAUUCAAUUUGGCAUGGUAUAAAACAAUUCACUUUGGUAUACUAAAAAACAAUUCACUUUGGUAUACUAUGAACAAUUCACUUUGGCAUGGUAUAAAACAAUUCACUUUGGUAUUGUAUAAAACAAUUCACUUUGGUAUGGUAUAAAACAGCUCACUUUGGUAUGGUAUAAAACAAUUCACUCUGCAGGCAUGGUAUAAAACAAUUCACUUUGGCAUGCUAUAAAACAAUCAGAAUUCUGCUGUAAUACGGUUAUGUGUAUGUUUCAUCUGUCUGAAGUGUUUUGUUGAACUAUUUGUUCAAGCAGUAAAGGUGAAAGUUGACAUGAAUUUUAUGUUCAUCUUAUUUGUAGUUUAUAUUUUCCUUUAAAACAUUACCUUGCUAGAUACUGUUUCCAAAAUUGAUAAGAUAUAUCUAAACUAUACAUUUCUGUUCAUUAUAUAUGCUUUGUAUAUAUAGUUUGAAAAAUGAAAGACGAUAUUAAUAUCAUUAAUAUCUAUAAUAUGAAUCUUCAGACAACGAAUGAUCAUCUCAGGAUAAUAUUUGAAAAUAUCAUAAUGUACAAAAUGAUAUAUAAAUAUACACCAAAGCCAAUGGAGAAUGAUAUAUACGUGACGUUAUCGUAUUGGCACUUUCCUGGAUUUGUUCAAGAACUGUCACCUACAACACCGCCGCUGCACUGAGAAAAACUGUCAGUUCAGAUGUCCAUCAUUACAAGCCAUAGCUGUGUCAAGAAGCACACAGUUAUACAUGUAUAUGUAUCCAGGACAGUACACAACAACCUAAAGGGGGUUCACAUUUUGCU